UUUCUGUGCCGGAAUAAUGUCCGGGCGGUAGUGCCAUCAGAAAAAUGGUAUCGCCUUUUUUAAAACAGGCAUGGACAGUAUCAGCGGUGCUGGUCAACAUGGUGGCACAAGGCAUGCUGCUCAGCUACGCCACCUGCCUUCUGCCGGCGGUGCAAGCUCCUGACUCUCCUAUAAAGACCGACUUGGAUACCGCAUCUUGGCUAUCUUCUUCAGUUGGAAUAGCAGGGAUCCCGGGCAUGUUACUGUCCUCGGUGCUCAUGGAUGUGUACGGGAGGAAGGUAGCCCACUUCCUAGUUAUAAUUCCAGGAGUUGUCGGAUGGAUCCUGAUGUACUUCGCCAAUAACGUCCUGGGGCUCAUGAUCGGAAGAAUAUUGGGAGGGAUAACAGCCGGCGCCACAGUAGCCCUAGGUGCUAUCGUCAUCGGAGAAUACUCAGCCCCAAAAUACCGAGGAAUGUUCCUCAAUCUGAAAACAGCUGCAGUCUGUUUAGGAGGAAUGAUCGUCCACAUUUUAGGUCACUUUUGUCAUUGGAGAACUGUUGCGUUGUACGCACUGAUACCAUCCACCGCUGCUCUAAUAAUAAUCUGUACAUGGCCUGAAAGUCCAGCCUGGUUGAUCUCAAAACAGCAGUAUGAGAGGAGCGAGGUCACAUUCUACUGGCUUCGAGGGAAGACUGAAGAGUCUCACAAAGAAAUCGAAAUGAUGAUUAAGGCACAAAUGGGGAAUAUGUCCAAACAGGUUGGGAAACAAAAAAUGAUGGAUAGAACUAUGGAGUUCCUGAGGAAAUUCACCAGGAAAGACUUCUUGAAACCGCUUUUCAUCGUGAUCGUUGGAGGAAUGUUGCUGGAAUCGUGCGGUAGGCAUUGGUUUCCGGCGUACGCACUCCAAAUCAUUGGUGAAAUCACGGGCAGCAAAUCACAAUCAUUCUACUAUACUUUGUGCAUUGACGUCAUCAUCACUACGAGUGCUGUCUGCUCCUCUAUUCUAGUCAAAAUCAUGAAGCGGCGGAUGCUGUUGUUCUCAACCGGUUUUGCUGCCUUCUUCGUCCUGAUGAUUGUCAGUACGUACCUCUUUCUCAUGAGUAGAGACUUGGUUCCCAAUAAUCAUCCAUGGAUACCUAUAUCUUUGUCAGUAGUUUACUUCAUUCUUGCAAAUUUGGGCUGUACACCUAUACCCUUAGCUUUGCUGGGCGAAUUGUAUCCUUUAGCCCAUAGAGGAGCAGGAUCAGCGGUCUCAGGUGUAUGGCUUUCGAUAGGUCUGAUGCUCGGUCUUCAACUAACACCUCAUUUUAUGGUAAGCUACAAAGUCUAUGGCACUUUUGCGAUCUUUGGAGUUAUAAUGGGGAUCAGCUUGGUCAUCUUAUACUUUAGUUUGCCAGAAACUAAAGACAGAACUCUGCAAGAAAUAGAAGAUUAUUUCAAUUUUGGUAAAUUCAUGGACGAUAAUAUGGAUUGUGAUGACGAAACGAAAGUUAAAAUGAUGGAAAAGGUGUAGUUGUGGAUCUGUAUUGAUUCUGAUGAAUCUGAUGAUUAUAUGUGUUCAGUUUUUGCUGUAUAUAAUAAAUAAGUUGUAGAUAAUAUUGUACCGUAAUGUAAAUAUGCUUAUGAUAUAAGUUAUAUUUUUGUGUAUAGAUAAUUUACCAUUUUGAUUAAUUAUAUGAUAAUAAACUAGAACCUAUAUUUGUAUUCUAAUGAUAAUAAUAACUUACAAUCUGCCUUUUUUCAUUGAUUACUUCUAUUUAAGUUAUAUUUGUAUAGUAUUUACUGCUUCUGUGACAUAGUUUUAUUACGGUAUGACUGCAUUUUGAGGUCUUGGUUACGAUACUCGAGCCGGGAGUGAUUUUGAGGUUUUCUCAGUAACAGCCCGGAGUCUGAAAUUUGUGCUCGAUAUGGCGAUAAGCUCCCCCGAUCAUAUCAUGGGACGGCAUAUGUACGGCAGAGGGUGGGUGCUCCUUUGGGGAUAAAAGGCGUCCUUGAAUAGCAAAAAUCAUUCAUGAAUAACGUGUAGUUAUACCAAAAAUCUCAGUUUUACUUUUAUGAUUAUUUGGUCGUGAGUGUAUUUCUGAUUGCAAGUGUGAUGUUACGUGCGACGAAUUCUCUAGUAAUAGUAAUGGUAUUAGGUUGCGUAAUAUUUAUUUUUUAUUGAUAUUUAUUUUGUUAAAAACUUACACUUUCUUUUACAUCUACUGUUGGAAUAACUUAUUGUAAAGUGUUAUUUCCAAAAAGAUGUGUUUUCAUUUAGUAACGCAAUGUUAAAAUCACCCUGGAUACAUUUGUAAUACAUUGUUAUCGGCCCAAGCUAUUGAAUUUUAUAAUAUGUAUGUGUAUACCUUAAAGGUGCUCACUACUUAGUAAAAAAGUUCUUCACUCAGUCAAUCGGACUAUAGGAACUAAUACCCUUUGCGCUCGUCCUUGCUCCUUGAACAAAAUCCUACAUGAAUACCCGAUUAUUAUAAGUAUUUAGUUAUUAUGCACUCGUAGUUAAUUGUGACCCCCUAGCAACAGUCUUGAUUAUUCGUUCCAUACAUUUACCGCACACAAUUACGGGCGAGAGUAUGCAAACAUUUACAAAUAAUUAUUUUAAAAUAUAUAUUUUUUUUUUAUAUAUUUCGCGACAAAUUAAAGGCUUUUAUAAGUAAAUUAUCGAAACAUAUUCGUAAAUAAUUUAUUUUUUCGGUAUAUUUUACUUUACUAUGUUUUCUGUUCACACAACGUCAUAUAAUUUGUAAAUGCUAUGUGUAGCUAUUACAGGCAUAUAUAUCAGCUACAACACCUUAUAACUUUGUUUAUGUAUAAUUGUAUGUAUCAAUAUUUUUGCCGUUGAUAUACCUUUUAAUAAAUAAAAAAAAUUGGGCUUGUUUGAUAAUUUUAAACUACCAAAA